ACCGCUAACAUCAAGCGGCGGUUGCUUAUACUCACUUACCAGGCGUGCGUGCGGCAGAGCGAGGCGGAUAUCAAGGAGUUCUUCAUAAUGGCUAUGAAAAGAUGUUUGUUGUCCUACAUUUUGGAGGACCCAGCUGAGCGUGCCCGGCUCCACAUCGCGUUUUUACCACCUCUUUGGCCGGCACUAGUGGUCCGGGCACCUGUUCCAUGGCACACUAGCUUCGUGCGUUGUCGUCAAGCCAUGUCCUACCGCUUCUAUCAUGGUAAUCCCGUUCUGCUGGAACUCCGGAGACUCUGGCAAGAAAGAUACCAAAAUGUGUUAAUAUGCGAUAUGAACAAGAUGCAAGAAGAUAUUCAAUUUCCACAAUACAUCCCUGAAUUCACGGAACGGCUGACCAAGCUGUGUGCGGAGAUGCGCAGUGAGCUGGCAGACAACUGGUUGAUCGACGUCGCCGAUACCAUGAUAAAGAUGCGCCACCAUUGGUCUGUGUACGUGGCCAAGAAAAAGAAGGAAUCCACUUUUCAAGAAGGCAAUAACUACAGCGGCCAGUAUCGUGACUACACGUUCAUCAAACGUCCGCUGAUCCGCAUUAAGGUGUUGGGUCAUCCGGGUACCACCAACAUCACGUUUGAGCCCACCCUCGACCAGAUGCGCUUACAGAUCGUCAAGUGGUUCCACACCAUCAUCAAUGUCAAUAUUAAUCUGCCCAGCGUUGAUGCCAUCAUGUAUCCUGGUGUGCAACGACCUAAACCUUACUUGAUGAUGGUUUAUCCUGAUGAAGAGUAUAUAAUGAAUCUCGUAUCCGACUGCAUCAAACAGUUCAACAUGAACCGACCAGGCCCCACAAAAUUCCUAAACUGUUACCAGGAAUAUUACUACAUACUGGACGGCACGGCUAAGCAAGAUCUACUUCGGUUUUUCGCACAAGAACCACCACCGUAUCUGAAGGAUUUCUCAGCUCGCAUCUACAUGUAUGAGAGUCUACGUGAUGAGAUCCUGUUCCUUCGUCGCGAUAUUCCUCUGAACAUGGUGAUGUUGGAUUGUGGUCCAAUAAACGAUACAAUGUGGGCUGAAGUAGACGGGCUCCGGUCAUACAUUGUCGAUCACUUCAUUAAUGUCAACAAGAAGUGGAACAGAUCUAUCUGUAACGUGUACGAGGAGAUGGCGGCGCGCGCGUCAGAGAGUCCAGAGACCACGGCUCAGUUGGUGGAACUGAUCAACUACAUCCAGGACUGUCGCGACUGCGCAAUGUUCGACCUGCGAGAGAAAGCCAGAACUACCGCCGAAUACGUCCUAUUUCUCAUGCAACACGCCCAUCUCAACUUUGAGGACAUUAACCUGAAUACCAGGGUGUUCCUUUGGCCGUUGGAUAUGGAAGAAACCAUAGAUCUCACUUUGAGGACUCUAUACACAAAGAAGACCAUGGCCGAAGACAAGCUGCGCACACGCAAAGCUAUUUUCGAAGAGAAAUUGAAGCGUCAUGAGAAGGAUCUGGACGUUUUUAGGCGUUUCGAUCCACCUUUACUCAACCUCGACUUGCUCAAAGAAGUUGUCGGGAAGGUCGAUGAAAUCUUCAAAAAUUUAACAGAUGAUAAAUAUGAAGCAGAAGAAAUAAUAAGUGAAGAGACUCUAUUGGAUCAAGAGGUAUCGGUAUACUUCAGUCUUCAAACCAUGUUAGCAGGCAUCGAUCCUUUCCAUAAGUUAUGGCAUACAUCCUACGAUUUCUAUGACGGUUAUGAGAAAUGGUAUCAUGGACCAUUCCUUGGUCUGGAUGCGGAACAGAUCUCUGAGGACGUGGAAGCGUGGUGGAAGCUGCUUUACAAACUUGGCAAACAGUUGUUUGAAUACCCCGGUGCUAAGCGUAUUGCUGACAUGGUGCGCAAUAAGGUUGAAAAGUUCAAGGUUCUACUGCCUGUGCUGUGUGCUAUUUGUAAUAAAGGCAUGCGAGACCGGCACUGGGCCAAGAUCAGUGAGCUGGUCGGCGUGGAGAUUGUGCACGAGCCGGAGACAACGUUGGCGGACAUGGUGGAGCAGGGCGUGCACGUGUACGUGUCGCAGCUCGAGGAGAUCGAGCAGUACGCCUCCAAGGAGUAUGCGCUGGAGCGAGCGCUCAACAAGAUGAAGGAGGAGUGGUGCGGUGUUAAGUUCGAGGUGGUGCCUUACAGAGAUACUGGUGUGGGAAUUCUGACCGGCUUGGACGACAUCCAGCAACAGUUGGAUGAUCACAUCCUUAAAUCGCAGACUAUGCGUGGUUCACCGUAUGUGAAGGCCUUCGAAGCAGAUAUGGCGGCUUGGGAAGAGAAGCUCAUCAGCAUGCAGGAUAUUCUCGAUCAAUGGUUGCAGUGCCAAGCGACCUGGAUGUACCUCGAACCUAUCUUUUCGUCUGAAGACAUUAUGCGUCAAAUGCCCACGGAAGCUAGAAACUUCCGUGACGUGGAUAAAGAGUGGCGCGUUAUUAUGACAGCCACUCAAAAGGACCCGCUGGUGCUGCCAGCUACCGACUUCCCUGGGCUGCUUAAGAAACUCCGCCAUAACAACGCACUGUUGGAAGACAUUCAAAGAGGAUUGAACGAUUAUUUGGAGAAGAAGAGACUUUUUUUCCCACGAUUCUUCUUCUUGUCGAAUGAUGAGCUGCUGGAAAUACUCUCAGAGACUAAGGAUCCCAUGCGUGUGCAGCCCCAUCUUAAGAAGUGCUUUGAGGGCAUAUAUACUCUCGAGUUUAAUGCAGCCAAGGAAAUCGUGGGCAUGGCUUCAGCGGAGGGAGAGAUUGUCAAACUAUCUACGAGUAUACAACCUGCUGAUGCUAAGGGCAUGGUAGAACGUUGGUUACAACAACUGGAGCAGCAGAUGAUAGUGAGUCUCAGAGAUGUGGCUACGGAAGCCAUUACAGCGUAUGCGACCACACAACGUGAGGAAUGGGUACUCAUAUGGCCAGGUCAAAUUGUGCAAGCUGGCUCUUGUGUGCAAUACACGACUGAGGCAAUAGAAGCGAUCCAGACUUCUAGUUUACCAGAGCUUGUGGAGCGCAGUACGCAACAGAUCACAGGACUGGUGUAUCUGGUACAGGGCGAACUUGAUCCUGGAAACCGUAUCACAGUAGAAGCUUUGAUAGUACUCGAUGUGCACGAUGACGUUUCUAUUUUGACUUCGUGUACCGAUAACUUAAAUUUGAACGAAAAAUUGACAAAUAUUUUAAAUGUUGUUUCUGAGUGGAUGAAGGACCAUAAUUUAGGAAUAAAUUAUACCAAAACUAAAAUCAUGCAAUUUAGACCUCAUCAAAAACAAGCACUAAGCAUAAAAUUUGAAUACAAAAAUAAUCUAUUAGAAUGUGUUAAUACUUUCAGGCUUCUAUGGUUAAAUAUAGAUACCAAUGUAAACUGGAAAGAUCAUAUAGAAACAAUUAAAGCAAAAUUAUCUUCCUUUCUUUAUGCUUUAAGGGAAAUAAAGAUGGUAGAGCGCAAAGUGAGUGAGGUGACGGACUUCAACUGGAUCUCACAGCUGCGGUACUACUGUCGUGGUGAUCGCACCGUAUGUUCUAUGAUCACUACCGACGUCGAUUACGGCUUUGAAUACUUGGGCAACACUGGGCGACUGGUUGCCACGCCACUCACUGACCGCUGCUUUAGGACCCUCAUGAGUGCUUUAAAACUGAACCUGGGUGGCGCACCAGAAGGCCCUGCUGGUACCGGUAAAACUGAGACCACGAAAGAUUUGGCUAAAGCUGUUGCUAAAAAAUGUGUCGUCUUCAACUGCUCAGAUGGCCUCGACUACAAAGCGCUCGGCAAAUUCUUCAAGGGUCUAGCGCAAUCCGGCGCAUGGGCUUGCUUCGACGAGUUCAAUCGAAUCGACUUGGAAGUCUUAUCCGUGGUGGCGCAGCAGAUCCUGUCCAUCCAGCUUGCCAUCCUACGUCGUGAGAAGCGAUUCGUGUUCGAAGGAACUGAAAUAAGUCUUAACCCUACAUGUUCUGUGUUCAUCACCAUGAAUCCUGGUUAUGCCGGUCGUACUGAGCUGCCGGACAACUUAAAAGUGUUGUUCCGCACUGUAGCUAUGAUGGUGCCAGAUUAUGCUAUGAUCGGGGAGAUUACAUUAUACUCCAAUGGAUUUGUUAACGCCGGACCGUUGGCACGUAAGAUAGUACAAGCUUAUAAACUAUGCUCAGAGCAGUUAUCAUCACAAAAUCAUUAUGAUUACGGUAUGCGAGCCGUAAAGUCGGUGCUUUUGGCAUCUGGAGCACUGAAGAAAAACUACCCAGAGAAGGACGAGUCACAGCUGGUGCUCAGAGCUAUCAUCGAUGUGAACAUGCCCAAAUUUCUGUCGCAAGACGUGCCGCUGUUCUCCGGUAUAUACUCUGAUCUCUUUCCCGGGGUCGAAAUUCCUCAACCAGAUCGUGCUGAGCUGCUCAAGUGUAUUAACAAAGAUCUGGAGAAGAGAAAUCUGCAACCUACUGAUUGGUACCUCGAAAAGAUCAUACAGAUCUACGAGAUGAUGCUGGUACGACAUGGGUUCAUGGUAGUGGGCCCACCGAUGGGCGGCAAAACUCAGGCAUACCAGUCACUAGCGGACUCUUUACGCGCCCUCCAGCUGAUGAAGCCACCGCCUAGACACAAGGAGUUCGGAGCAAUAUAUCGGAUUAUAAAUCCUAAGGCUAUCACUAUGGGGCAGUUGUAUGGCUGCUUCGAUCCUGCCUCGCAUGAAUGGUCCGAUGGUGUGUUGGCUAUAGCGUUCAGGGAAUAUGCAAUGUCUAUCACACGAGAUCGCAAGUGGAUCUUGUUCGAUGGGCCAGUGGACGCCGUGUGGAUAGAGAAUAUGAACACAGUCCUCGACGAUAACAAGAAGCUCUGCCUCAUGAGUGGCGAGAUUAUACAGAUGACAAACAAAAUGAAUUUGAUCUUUGAGCCGGCAGAUCUAGAGUUCGCAUCUCCAGCUACCGUCUCUCGAUGCGGCAUGAUAUACAUGGAGCCAGAACAGCUUGGGUGGCGAGCAUUUCUCGCUUCAUACAAUACACACCUCAGCAAGCGACUCAUCCCUGAACAGUUUGAACUGAUUCAGGAGUUGAUUGAUUGGUUGGUACCACCAAUAUUCGAGUUCCAGCUGGUAAAGUGCCACCACUUUGUCGUUGUAGGGGAGAUCCAUCAGUUCUUUUCGUUCACGCGUUUGUUUACGUGCCUACUGGAGGGAGAAACACAGUUUAGCACGAUGUGGCUGCAAUGUACCUUCGUCUUCGCUCUGCUAUGGGGACUCUGCCCUUCACUCACAGGCGACAGUCGCAAGACUUUCGACACGUUCUUCCGUAAGCUGCUGAACGGCGACAACGCUGCGUACCCUAAGCCGAAGUCAUUCAAGUUGACCAAGAGUCAGCUCUUCCAGGAUAAAGACACCGUUUUCGAUUACGUUUACGACAAACGGAACAACGGUACUUGGAUACCUUGGGUCGAUCUGGAGAAGGAAACUACGCUUGCUGCUAACGCUAAGGUGAAUGAGCUGAUAAUUCUGACCAAUGAAAACGCGUGCCUACGAUACUUCGUGACUAAGAUGGUGAAGUCGAAGAUCCCAAUACUGUUGGUGGGACCUACGGGAACCGGGAAGUCAUCGCUAGUACUCAACUUUCUGCUGACGCUGCCCAAAGAAAAGUAUAUUACAAAUACUAUCAACUUCUCCGCACGAACCACUGCUAAUCAAACCCAGGACAUUAUUAUGUCGAAAGUUGACAGAAGACGUAAAGGUGUUUUCGGUCCAUCUAUGGGUAAAAAGUGCGUCCUGUUCGUGGAUGAUUUGAGCAUGCCACAGAAAGAACAGUGGGGCGCACAACCACCGCUCGAAUUACUGCGUCAGUGGAUUGAUCACGGACACUGGUACGAUCUCAAGGAGAUGGUUAGGCAGGAGGUGGUCGACGUGUUUUCACUCUGA